CUCAAAUAUUGUUUUUGUGAUGCUAACUAAAUUCCCAAAAUUAUCUUUGUGUAUGACAUUUGGCACGAAAUGAGUCUGAGUAAGGAAAGUUCGCUAGAGGACGAUUUACUCAACCAUGAUAGUGAUAAAAGUGUGAACGGUUUCACAUCUGUUUCAACAUCGCCAUCCUUCGAGGACUCCAGUGGAACAAAAGCAAAUGUGAAUGUAUCGAAAGGAAACCAACAAGAAAACUCGAAGAAUCUCCCGUUUAAACAGAAAUCUCAUUCCUACCAAGACCUUCACUCAGACUAUACGAAAAAGCGGUAUCAUCACGUUAAGAGUAAGGUUAAGGAGUACAUCGCCAAUAUCAAAGCGUACGACCGGUCCAAAAGCAAGAAAAUCAUAAGACAUCGAUCCCUGCCCGAGACCAUUGGAACCUUAGACGUUUGCGACACGAUCAUCUGCGAAUCGAAUUCAAACCACGAUUCCAACGAACAAAUUGUUCAAUUAUUACAGGAGAAGGAAAAGGAAGUGGAAGAGUUGAAAAAUCUUAACAAAAAUUUAGAGAGCAACCUCCAGGAGAAAGUCAAUAUGCUUGCAAGGACCAAAAUGAAUGCUGAUAUCAUGCGCAUUCAAAUGAUGGAAAUGCAGGACAAAGGUAAAAGGCAUUCUCUCCCAGCAGAGUGUCUACGGCAUCCUUCUCAGCGGUUUUCUAUCCCUGAUUUCAUCCCGCCUACUUUUCCCAUUGAACCCAGGGUUACGUCAAUCGCAACCCAAACUGAGUGCAGUUCCGCCAGCAAUUCCGAGGAUUUUCAUGAUUUUCUAGAAACCAACAUUGAUGAGAUCGACAUUGACCACACUGAAGUCUUCCUCAAUGACUACAGCGCUCUCGACGAGAGUGAAUUUAAACUGCGUCGUCGAUCGUAUUCAAAUUCAAAGAUGGAAACUGCCAACUCUGUGUAUCCUUACAAUUUGGAAACUUGUCCCGAAGAUAAAACUUCUGCGAAAGAAUCGAAAGCCGAGAGCACUAUACAGACUGAGAAAAAUGACUACAGGAAUUUGAAACGGAAAAGUCGUUCACGUACUCUGUGGCGACGUUGUGUAGCUGGCCCUUGCAAACGAGUUGUUCUGUGCUGCAACCACAUCCCUGAGGUGGAUAGUGAUUACUUUUAUAUGAAGCUCCCCGUUGAAGAGAUGCCACUGUCACCGAUCAAGUGAUUUUUUGAUUUUAGUGAAUCGUUUUAUUGAAAAAGAUAUCCAGGACGUUUUAAAUUUUGUUGUUUUGUUGAUUUAAUAUAAAUUUCAUUCGGAUUAA